ACAGCCGGGCCUUGGCUAAUCGGCGGGCCGGGCCUCCCGGAAGCGCCUCGUCCACGUGUCCGGCCGCGGGGAUGGCGGCGGCGGCGCUGCGCCGGCGGCUGCCGGUGCUGGCGGCGGCGGGCGGGGGGCUGCUGCUGGGCUGGGCGCUGGCGGCCGGCGACGAGCGGCUCUACGCGGCGGUGAUGCCCCUGCUCCGCGCCGUCCCCCCCGAGGCCGCCCACGGCCUGGCCCUGCGCGCGGCCGCCUGCGGGCUGCUGCCGCCCGCCCGCCCCGACAGCCCCAUCCUGGAGGUCCGCGUCCUCGGGCAGCGGUUCCGCAACCCGGUGGGGCUGGCGGCUGGUUUCGACAAGCAUGGCGAAGCCGUGGACGGGCUGUACAAGAUGGGCUUCGGCUUCGUGGAAGUGGGGACCGUCACGCCCCAGCCCCAGGAGGGCAACCCCAAGCCUCGGGUCUUCCGGCUGGCGGAGGACGAGGCGGUCAUUAACCGGUACGGGUUCAACAGCCACGGCCACGGCGCGGUGGAGCGCAGGCUGCGGGCCCGCCAGCACACGCAGCUCCGGCUCACUGAAGCGGGGAUGCCGCUUGGCGUCAACUUGGGCAAGAACAAGAGCUCCGCAGACGCUGCCGCCGACUACGUGGCCGGGGUCCGGACGCUGGGCCCCCUGGCCGACUACCUGGUGGUGAACGUGUCCAGCCCGAACACGCCGGGGCUGCGGGACCUGCAGGGCCGGGCCGAGCUGCGCAGGCUGCUGACCAAGGUGCUGGCGGAGAGGGACGCGCUGCCCUGCGCGCGCAAGCCGGCCGUGCUGGUGAAGAUCGCCCCGGACCUCACCGUGCAGGACAAGCAGGACAUCGCCAGCGUCGUGUGCGAGGUGGGUGUGGACGGGCUGAUCGUCAGCAACACCACGGUGAGCCGCCCCAGCGGCCUCCGGAGCCGGCGGCGCGAGGAGCCCGGCGGCCUCAGCGGGCCGCCCCUGCGGGAGCUCUCCACCCAGGCCGUGCGGGACAUGUACGCCCUCACCCGAGGCCGGGUGCCCAUCAUCGGGGUCGGCGGGGUGAGCAGCGGGCGCGACGCCCUGGAGAAGAUCCGCGCUGGAGCCUCGCUGGUGCAGAUGUACACGGCGCUGGUCUACCGCGGGCCGCCGGCCGUGGGGGCGGUGAAGCAGGAGCUGGAGCAGCUGCUGAGGGAGCAGGGGUUCAAGAGCGUCGCGGAGGCCGUGGGAGCGGAUCACCGGGGCUGAGGCCCGGCCGGGAGGAGAUGUGGCGAGGCCGGGGCGCCUCGAUGCUCCCCGCGCGGGACGGGCCCCCCUCCCGCCUCCCGGCCCCGGGAAGGGUUCGUGGCAAGCGGAGCAGGGCCGCGCAGGGGAUGGAGAUGACUUCACGCCGCCGCUGCUGCCCAGAGCACGUGCCCGUGUUUCGCCUCUGCCAUGGCCAGGGGACGCCGGCACCCCAGGAGGACCUUCGCGAUGCAGCCGGGGACAGGACAGCGUGGGCAGCGCGAUGCCCGCCUUCAGCCGCGCAGCAGCCCCGGGGCCGAGCGGGGUGUCGCACGCCCCUCGCCGGGGCCUGGCCGCCCGCGCUGCUCGCCCUGGCCGGCCGCCGGUGCUCUGGUGCAGCAGCCUCCCGGGGAGCAUCUGCCCGCUUCGCCGCGCGCCGCCGGCUCCGGGUCCUGCUCCCAGCGUCAAUAAAGAUGCCGUUCAGCCGCU